UAAAAAGAAGCUUGGAUGCCAGUUAGUGUAAAGGAAAGAACAACAUUAUUUGGCAUCAAUUUUUAAAAUCGAUGGCUUCAAGAUUUAAGCUUGUUUUUGCACUCUCUUUGUUGCUGCUUCUGUUAGAUUUUUGUAGGGGAAGCAAAGUUGGAGUUGAUUAUGGAAUGGAUGCUGAUAAUCUUCCAUCCCCUGAUCAAGUAGCACAAUUGGUUCGAAAUCACAACAUUCAGUACCUUAGGAUUUAUAAUUAUAGACCCGAAGUGUUGCGGGCCUUUUCAAAGACCGGUAUUGAACUUAUGGUGGGGGUUCCUAAUGCAGAGUUAUCACAAUUCCAGUCCCAACCAUAUGUAGAUUCCUGGCUGAGGAAUAGCAUCCUCCCGUACUACCCAGCCACAAAGAUCACCCACAUUACUGUAGGUGUUGAAGUGACUAAUAGCCCAGAUAAUGCCGCCAACUUGGUUGUGCCCGCCAUGAGAAAUGUAGUCUCAGCUUUGAAAUCGGCCAACCUGCAAGGUGAAAUCAAGGUUUCAACUCCACUCUCCUUUGGGGUUUUAUCCAAAUCCUACCCACCUUCCGAAGGGGCAUUUAGCAGUAGCUAUGAAAAUGUCUUGAGAUCUUUGUUGGACUUUCUAGAAGAGAACCAAUCACCUUUUAUGGUCAAUUUAUAUCCUAUUUACGCUAUUGGAGCUUCUUCUUUGGAUGCUGUUCUAUUUAAGUCACCCUCUACGAUUUUCGUAGAUCCGAAUACCCGCCUUAGUUACAAGAACAUUUUUGAUGCUCAGCUAGACGCUGUUUUUUACGCCAUUGCCAAUCUGAAUUUCAAAACAACUAGGAGCAAAUUUGAUGCUCAGCCAGAUACUGUUCAUUUUACCCUGGCCAAUACGAAUUCGAGAAUAAACGACAUUAUUGUUACGGAAACCGGCUGGCCUACACAUGGUUCUAGGCCACCACAUGCUAGUACUCACAAUGCCAAGACUUAUGACUAUAACGUAAGUCUUGACAGUGUCGACGACUACGCUAACAUUGACUAUGCCCAGACUUACAACACCAACUUAAUUAGUCAUGUUAUGGGUGGCUCCGGUACGCCUGCUAUGCCUCGUGCAAACCUAGAUGUGUACAUUUUCUCCUUGUUUAAUGAGAACAAGAAGCGAGGACCGGAAAUAGAGAGAAACUUUGGUUUAUUUUAUCCCGACAUGAGGAGUGUAUAUAACCUGAACUUUCCUGGAAAAGGAACCGGAAAAAGCUGGUGCAUUGCUUCUAGCCAGGCUUCAAAUUCGGCUUUACAGAAUGCGCUAGAUUGGGCUUGUGGUCAAGGAAAAGCAGAUUGUUCGGCAAUUCAGCCUGGCCAGCGAUGUUUUCAGCCAGAUACCCUAGUUUCUCAUGCCUCUUUUGCAUUCAACAAUUACUACCAGAAAAAUGGGGCCACCGAUGAUGCAUGCAGUUUUGGAGGAACUGGGAUCAAAGUUUCUACGGACCCUAGCUAUGAUAACUGCAUCUAUAACUGAUUACCAAAACUGCAGCAAGUAGGACGACUGCCAUUACUACAACUUUCUCGUUAUGGACCGCGGCGUGUGCACGGAUUGCUAGUUUCUUUGUAUUUGGUUUUUUUAGUUUUAAUGUCUUCGUUAAAACCAGGGCAAUGUGAAACGUAUGUGAAGGUAGCCUCUGGUUUUUGUUUUGUAUUUGAGAGAGCUAAUAAGGGCACUGAAUAAUGAGAAUGCAUGGUGUCCAUUGCUCUCCUAUCCUGUUUUAUUCAUGCAAGUUGAAGGCCAAGGGUUCAUUUCUCAAUCCAAUAUUCCUCAUUUAAAACUCGGCAAAUUCUUCAAUAAUGACCACCAACUUUGCAGUUGGCAGGCCAAGCAGACAGUAUCAACUACCAGGUCAUUGCUGAUAGCUUUUUUGCACCUUGCAAGACCCUAGAUGCGUGAAUCAAUGGUUCCAUUUGUUGCAUGUCUUAAUGCUUUUUAGCAAAUAAGAUUAGACAAAAAGCUUCGAAUUGAUUUACCAAAUCAACUAGAACAAUUCAUUGUAAAAUUUAGACAAAGUACCUCACUCCACAAUCUUGACAAUACCAUCCAUCAAGCAAGCACAGAAACAAAGCAAAAGGAUCACAAGCAUUAUCACUAUUACAAACACCAAGCCUAUUGUUUCUGGAAAAGGUUCCCGACGACUUUAAUAC